CCCAUGCUGUGCCAGGCUCGAGUGUAGCCUGUGCUACAGUUUACUUAGUUAAAGAAGACUUCUGGCAUAGAGGAUUUUCUACUGUCACUAGUGUACUGCUUAGUACAGGACUGCCACUAAAGAAGACUAGUCACAGACUGUCGUGGGGUGAGAGGGGCCCCGGAGCAGAGACCCUCUGGACUAAUUUACAGUCAAAUCCACCCCUGGCCCUCAUCUCUUUUCCUGUUGCUCCCCUGAAAAACCUAAACAUCCUCCUCAGAAGGACAUCAGCGACUCCCCUCCACCCCUCUACUCCCCCAUCCUCCUCCCCCUCUGCCUAGUUCUCAUGUUCCUCCUCCGGGGAGGUUGGAGAGCAGGGGGCACACACGUGGCCAGCUGCCCAGGCUCGGGGCCACGGUGACAGACAUGGGGCUCAAGAGGAGGCUGGGGCUGUGCUUCCUGGGUGUCAUCUCCUUGCUGGUCAUCUACAUCCUGUGUUUGAGCCUGGAGAUCACCGUCCCCUGGCGCAUGGUCAACCUGAACCUGUCACACUUCCCUGGUCUUGGGUACACACAGGAACCAAACAGGUCACAUGACUCUGAAGACUCUAUUGACGGCAACACACCGUCAGAUGGUUUGGACAGCCUACACAUUGGUUCAACACCAACAACACAUUUAAGGUUAAAGGUACAGUCCACAUCCCCUGUCGGAGUCAGACCCUCAUUGAAACCUGGAGCCAGGGUCAGGACUACCAAGGGUCAAAAUAUUAAAGGUGCUCUCCUCUCCAAUUCAACCAAACCAACAGAGCCACCUUUCAUUGGAGACAGUUACUACAGCGAAGUCGCCCCACCUCGAACCGACUGUCCAAAUAGUAUUCGUAGCAGGGUUCCCCAGACAGACUUUGGGGUGAGGUAUCUGGGCAGGAUCCCUGUCCUCCAGUGGGCCAAGCAUGCCACUCCAGAACAGUACCAGCGCCUCCAAGUGUACCCAGGGGCUCACGGGUGGGGAAACCUUGACAUUGACACUCUGGUGUCGACCCUGUCUGUUCUCAACACAUCGGCCAACUGGCACAUGUUUGAUGACUGGGAUCGUCGUAGCAACGGCUCGCAGUGUGUCUGCUGUGCUGUCGUUGGCAACGGAGGGAUUCUGAAGGAUUCUAAGAAGGGCCGGGAGAUUGACCAACAUGACUAUGUUUUCAGGACCAACGGAGCUGUGAUUAAGGGCUUUGAGCAGGAUGUGGGCUCUAGAACAUCCCUCUACACGUUCUCCACCAACACCCUCCGUAACUCCAUGAAGAGCUACGCCGGAGCAGGCUACAGAGGACCCCCGCUCUCUGAGGAGACUAGGUAUGUCUUCCUGCCAGACCAUGACAGAGAUUACCUGCUGAUGAAAGCAGCCGCCACACACACUCCAGUAGAGAGAGGACCAGAGAAGAGCAAAACGCCACCCACAUACUUUGGAAAAAAUGUGAGUGUAGAAAAGUUCAAGAUGUACCAUCCAGAUUUCAUACGUUACAUCAGAAACAGGUUCCUCCGAGGCCAUGCCAUGCAGACCAAAUACAAGAACAUAUACCGUCCAUCAACAGGUGCUGUGAUGCUGCUGGCUGCUAUGCACACCUGUGACCAGGUGAGCGCAUAUGGCUUCAUGACUCCAGACUAUAAAAACUACUCUGACCACUACUAUGACAGCAGAUAUCACCCUGUGGGUUUCUUCAUCAACCAUGACCUGAAGAUGGAGAUGACACUGUGGCAGCAGCUCCACCAGGCAGGACUCAUCACGCUCUACAUGCACCAGUGAUCUCAGGAACUAACUCACCCCAGGUCACUAUGGCAACGACCACAUUAAUGACAUACAUCUAUGGUAAUGACUCCGUCUCCACCACUGGCUCCCAAGGUUUGCCAACCCCCAGUAAACUAACUUACUGUUAGUUGCAACUACAAGAUUUAUAGAAAAAUUACUCCACUUCUGACUUCAUCAUUGCCUGCCAUGUUGGAGGUUUGCCAAUACUUCUGAGAAAAUGGUCUCCAUGGAGAUGGGCUUAGCCUAUCCUCUUGAGAAGUCUCUAAAAGGGUGGAGGCAGGUUGCCAGUCAUAGACUGUUGCUGACACUUGCUGAGUUACCAGGAAAACUGGGAGAUUCUUUUCAUUCUGGGAAAAGAUUGUUUUAGACUGUGCAGCUGAAGAUUUUAUCAAUGGCCCAGAUUUUGGACAUAUUUGACCAAAUAAUAUUUAUUAGCCUUUUUAUUUUUUUAUUGUUUAAUAUUACCCCCUUUUCUCCCCAAUUCCGUGGUAUCCAAUUGUUAGUAGUUUCUAUCUUGUCUCAUCGCUACAACUCCCAUA